GAUGACCCGAGCGAUGUGGCAGCACAGACUCCCAGUAGUAAUGCCGGUUUCUUUAUCUUGUCCGACGAAACUUUUAGCAGCCAACAAAUUGCCCGUGUGCGGGUGGAGGCGCAAGACGUUUCGGCCGUGGCCAAUUAUGGUGGCGUAGAUAUUGCGCUCUACCGUGUGCCUGAGCCGUUGGAGUUUUUACAAAAACAAAAGAAUUUGCAUCGCAUCACGGUCAAUGCCAGAGCAGACGAUAAAGGGUUGUGGUCUAUUUUUAUGCAAUUGUGGGACAGCGUGGCUGCGCAAGCGCAACCGCAAGGGAUUGAUAAAAAUGAUGAUUCCCCACGUUUGAGCAAUGGCAAUGUUUACAUUCCUUUGGGUAAGCUCGCCCCUGGUCUCUACGUAGUCGAGGCCAUGCUCGGCGCUGAGCGCGCGGUAACGAUGGUAUUUGUCAGUGAUAGUGUGGCGGUGACGAAAAUGGCCAAUCAAAAAUUGCUGACUUGGACCGUACGACGGGAUAACGGUGCGCCGGUUGAGGGGGUUCACGUCGUCUGGACCGAUGGUAUCGGUGCCUUGGGCAGCGGCAGCACGGAUGGCGAAGGCCUUCUGAGCUUGAGUCAUGCGGCACCUGAGCAAACCUAUGUCUAUGGAGUAGAUAAACAGGGAGGGGUAUUUGUCUCUGAAAAUUAUUACUACGACAGCGAGAUAUACAACACCAAAGUGUAUGCAACGACCGAUCGGCCCCUCUAUCGCCCAGAUGACACCGUCAAUGUCAAAGUGCUGGCUCGGGAAUUUUUGGAUGCGCGCACUUCGAGCCUUGCCGAAGAUGCCGUGAUCAAAUUAUCGGUCGCCGACCCUAAUGGCCAGCCUGUGGCCCAGCAGACCCUGAGCUUUAAUAAAACCGAAGGGGGUAAUACCAGCUUCCGCCUUCCCAAAAGCGCCCCGAUGGGAGGCUACGAAAUUCAGUUGCAAUACCAAGGGCAAGCCUACGCGGCGGCUUUUCGUGUGGCGGAAUACCAAAAACCGCACUUUGAAAUAGCCGUGCAACAAGACCCAGGUGGUUACCGCAUAGGUGAGAAAAUUAAACUCAAAGUACAAAUGCGUUACCCUGAUGGAAAGCCAGUCAAACAUGCGAGUGUCGAUCUAUCGGUAAGGGCGCAAAACUUGAGUGUGGUGGAAGGUGAGUUGGCCUACGCUGGACAAUUUCCACUCAAACUCACAGAAGAGCAGUACAGCAGCGACGGCAGCGGUGAGCUGAGCGUAAGCUUACCUGAUGCGAAAGAAGCCAGUCGUUACAUUGUUUCUAUUUUGGCUACCGAUGGGGCUGCUUACCGCGUUCGUCACACGCAAGAGAUUUUAAUUGACCGUGCGCUCAGUUCCUGGUCCAUUGCUACGGCCAAGCGUUUUACGCAGCUGGGGGAUACGGUGACUUUUCAGUUCAAGCCAGAGGUGGAAAGCAAUACUGUUAAAUCGCUCCAAUGGGACUGGGUGCGCUUAGAAGAUCGCAGUGUCGAACACGCGACAAUCAGCGAGGGCAAGAGCUUUAACCUGAACUUUAAAAAGUCAGGCAGUUACCAAAUUAACUUGCGCGAUCAAGAUGGUAAGCUGCUUGGAGCCACGCAGCACUGGGUAGCCGGGCCUGAUCUGAAAACCACCCCGGGCCAUACUGAGGUGGUGUGGGACAAGGCAGAGUAUCAGUUGGGAGAAACCGCCAGUGCCUUAAUUACCUUUUCAGACCCUGUGGAUUAUGCGCUGUUGAGUCUGGAGCGCGACAGUGUUGAGCAAACAGCCAUCAUCAGUGCGGUGAGCGGACGCUCUAGCGCGGCUUGGGUUGUUGGCGAAAAGCUCUCUGCCCAUCAGUGGCGCAUCAAACUGCCUGUGGUGGAGGCUUUUGCGCCGAACAUCACGCUUUCGGUCGCGUAUGUGAAAAACGGGCAGUUUGUUUUUGAAAAUGCGGGCAUUAAAGUUGCCAAGGCCAAGAUAGCAGUGGCCGUGCAGGCCGAUAAAGCGGUAUACGCUCCAGGAGAGAAAGUGACCCUGAGCGUGCGCACCAGUGUUGACGGUAAGCCCGUACCUGCCCAUGUGGCGCUGGGUGUGGUCGAUGAGAUGAUUUACGUGCUGCAACCCGAAAUAGCGCCCAAUAUUUACGACUUUUUCUACCAUCCAAGACGCAACAAUGUUCGCACCCAGGCCAGCUUGUCCUUUAUCGCCUACGACUUGUCCAGCAACCAGUUGGGACAACUGCCCCAGCGUCGCGCUGUCAACGAGCGGGCGCUGAAAGAGCAAGAGAGAGCGCGGCGUGACAAUGUAGAUACCGCUGCCUGGAUGCCCAAUAUUCACACCAACGCUCAGGGUAUGGCUACACUAAGCUUUACGAUGCCGGACUCGCUUACCCGCUGGCGCAUGACUGCUAGAGCCAUCAACGAUACAGGGUUGGUGGGACAAAGUACCAGCUAUGUGCGUAGUGAUAAAGAUUUUUAUGCCAAAUGGACUGCGCCCACCUGGCGCCGCGUGGGCGAUACGGUACACGCCAGUGUGGCGCUCUUUAACCAAACGAGUAAAAAGCAAGACGUGAGUUUGCUACUAAGUGGCGCGCAAAACAAUACGAUUAAUACCAGCUUACAGCCAGGGAUUAACUUUGUGACGCUAAAUUUGGAUAAAAAUGCAUUGGGAGCACUAAAUAUAAGCAUGAAGCGUGGCAACAAGUCUGAUGACAAAGUACUGGAUGCUUUGCAAGUAAAUUUAACGCAAGAACCUGUGGGCUGGACGCAAGCGCAAUCGCGUUUGUUGGAUGCAGCUGAUGGUGGCGUUAUUCGGCUGAACCUACCCACUGAUGCAAGCAAUGUCAGUCUGCGAGUGAUAAGUGCCAACGAUGCAGAUUUUUACCGCGUUUCAGACUCGUUAAUAGAAUACCCUUACGGUUGUGUAGAGCAAACAUCUUCGCGCUUGAUACCACUGACCUUGGCCUACCGCGCCUUAGCGCCAAAUGAUACAAGACGCAAAGAUAUCUCGCGGCAGAUGUACACCCAACGCUUGCGCCUAGCCAGUAUGGCUGGAGAGAACGCACAGUUUGGUUGGUGGGGACAAGAUAUGUCUAUUGACCCCUUUCUUACUGGCUAUGCCUACUAUGCGGAUUGGCAAGCAGUGCAAGCGUUGGCAUUGAAUAUUCCCAAAGACCACUGGUCGCGCUUACUGGAUGUAUAUGCCAAAAAUGCGCAGGACAUGACGCCUUGGCAGCGCGCAUUGAUGCUAGAUUGGAUGCGCCAAAUGGGUUUGCCCAUUAGCAAUAUGGUAAUGGGGUUAUCUAAAGAUUUGUCAAUCAAUGCUAAAACUAAAACUAACACUAAGCAACGGUAUAGCAAUUCCGAUAGCUAUAUGCUGGGUGAUCAAAGCGAGCAGACGCAGGCCUUUGCCAUCUUGUUAACGCAGCAACUGCUGCGCAAGACAGGAUCAGUGGCAGGCGCUCGGUUUACCAAUUUAGUACCAGCUGCACAAAGCAGGGUACAAGCAAUGAACACACCAUUUGCAUUAACCCUACUACAAUAUUUGGGCGAUACUGGAGCCAACAAUGAAAAUAGCAAAAAAAUUCUUGCACAA